AUGUCUACAACGAAAAGAAUAUUUGAUCAAAGAACAGAAAUAAAUGAACAACAUGUUCCCAACCUAACAACAGGACAAAGACAUCUGAAAUUUGGUCCACCAGGAGUUGGUGCCAAUGUUGAAGAGCCAAUCAGCGACUAUCAUCAGGUGCCUGAUAAAGAUGAAGUGAAUAUACAUGGAGAAGGUAUAAGUGUAGAAGCAGAAAAUCGUAAUCUUGCGGAAUUAAAAUCCUUAUCUACGGAUUAUGCUCGUAAAGAAAGUAAAGAGGGUACUGGCCCUCACUUUAAAACUCAGGCUGCAAUCGCAGCUUCGACGCUUGGAAAAUAUGCUGCGGCUAUCGGACAAGAACGUUUAAAGAAUCCUACAGAAUUGAUCAGAGACCUUCCUCAUAUUGAUGAUGUUGAUAAAAAAACUUUACUUGACAGAUUGAAAGAAGAAGUUAAAACUAGACAAGCUGUUGAAAUGAAGGAAAUGCAUAAAGAAGUUCGUGGAGGUGUUGCUGCUCAUGUUCAGUCUACUGUUGAUAAAUUGGAACAAUUGAUUUGA